GGCCUUGGCGGGGAAAGAAAACCUGUCACCCCCUUGAGAACCCUGCGGAGAUGGCCCCCUGUACGUGGGCUGUUGUCGCGUUUAGGUGUGAAAGCUGGCGUUUUAGGUGGGAUGUAAAAACUAAGAUAUGAGUGAAGAGCCCGAACUCAGCUGCGGCAGGGCCGGAGUUGAGUGGGUAAACUUCACAAACAGAUGAGGAAUGCUGGAGCUCUUGAUUUGUUGAAGGAGCUUAAGAAUAUUCCCAUGACCCUUGAGUUACUGCAGUCUACCAGAAUUGGAAUGUCAGUGAAUGCAAUACGCAAGCAAAGCACAGAUGAAGAGGUUACAUCUUUAGCAAAAUCUCUUAUCAAGUCUUGGAAGAAGCUGUUAGAUGGACCUUCAACUGAUAAAGAUUCUGAAGAAAAGAAAAAGGAGCCUGCAUCUUCCUCACAAAACAGCCCUGAUGCCAGAGAAGAAAGCAGUUCAAGUAGCAAUUCCAGCAGCAGGAAGGAGGAGGGUAGUACUCCCUCAAAUUCUUUCAUCCCUUCUUUUCCCCGGGCUCCAAGCACUUCAGACUCUGUACGAGUGAAAUGUAGAGAAAUGCUCUCUGCAGCUCUCAGAACAGGAGACGAUUACAUUGCUAUUGGUGCUGAUGAAGAAGAGCUGGGUUCUCAGAUUGAAGAAGCUAUUUUUCAAGAAUUAAAAAACACUGAUAUGAAAUACAAAAAUAGGGUACGAAGUAGGAUAGCGAAUCUCAAGGAUGCGAAGAACCCUAACCUAAGGAAAAAUGUAUUAUGUGGAAACAUUCCUCCUGACAAAUUUGCUAAAAUGACAGCAGAGGAGAUGGCAAGUGAUGAGCUGAAAGAAAUGCGCAAAAAUCUGACCAAAGAAGCUAUCAGAGAGCACCAGAUGGCUAAAACAGGAGGUACCCAAACUGAUCUGUUUACAUGUGGCAAGUGCAAAAAGAAGAACUGUACAUACACCCAGGUUCAAACCCGCAGUGCUGAUGAACCCAUGACAACAUUUGUUGUCUGUAAUGAAUGUGGAAACAGAUGGAAGUUCUGUUAGAAGAAGAAAUUGUCAAGACAUCUGGACCAGUAUGAACGAAGAUUUUGUAAUUAGCUUUAAAAACUAGACUAAGCAUCUAGCUUCCUGCAAAUGAGAGGGUUUUUUGGUUUUUCUUUACUUUUUAUUUCAAAGCAGCAUACAUGCCUCAAGUUAGCCUUUGUUUUGACACAACCAUCAUUUCCUUAAAUGCCUUCCUAUAGCUGGUAGUCAGUAGGGCCAGGUUGCUCAAUUGUAUGGUGAAUUUUAAAAUAUUUUUUCAUUUUUAUAAGUAAGUUGACAUUAAACUUUUACCAGUUAAA